AGUAAACAAACCACAAAAAAAAAAAAGGUUGCAAAUAAUGUAGUUUGGGCCUAGCGCCAAAUAUCACUUUGGAAGAAAAAAUGAGCUGGUAGCAAAUUAUUAUGUGUCCCUUUGGCCCUUGAAGUCAUUCUUAAUUUGGAAAAAAGAAAAGGUUCAAAAUGAUUUUAAUGUCCGUUUAAGUGAUAUUGUUAGUUAGUUGGAAAAAAAGAAGAUUAAGUUUGCAUACAAGUGAUUCCAAUAAAAAAGAAGUCAGUUGAAGAAGAGAUGGAAGGAGGGGGACAGUAUAAUCCUCGGACUGUGGAAGAAGUAUUUAGGGAUUUAAAAGGGCGUCGUGCUGCUUUAAUCAAAGCCCUUACCACUGGUAUCCCUACGCUAUUCCCUUAUCUAUCCCAAUUUAUCUCAUACUUUGACCUCGAUGUGGAGGAAUUUUAUCAGCAGUGUGACCCUGAAAAGGAAAAUCUUUGCCUCUAUGGAUUUCCAAGCGAGCAAUGGGAAGUCAAUUUGCCAGCUGAGGAGGUGCCUCCUGAGCUUCCAGAGCCAGCACUAGGUAUAAACUUUGCCAGAGAUGGUAUGCAGGAAAAGGACUGGUUAGCCCUAGUGGCUGUUCAUAGUGAUGCAUGGUUACUCUCUGUUGCCUUUUAUUUUGGUGCCAGAUUUGGUUUCGACAAAGCUGAUAGGAAACGCCUGUUCAAUAUGAUAAAUGAUCUUCCAACUAUUUAUGAAAUUGUCACUGGAGCUGCCAAGAAGCAAGUAAAGGAUAAAUCAUCAGUCUCUAAUCAUAGCAGCACCAAAUCCAAGUCGAACACUAAAGUAGGUAAAUUCGCAAAGGUUGAAGUGAAAGAUGAGGAUGAAGGAUUAGAUGAAGAGGAGGAAGAGCAUGGCGAUACCCUGUGUGGGGCAUGUGGUGAGAACUAUGCUUCAGAUGAAUUUUGGAUUUGCUGUGACUUAUGCGAGAGGUGGUUCCAUGGGAAGUGCGUGAAGAUCACACCUGCCAAGGCUGAGCAUAUAAAGCAGUACAAAUGCCCAUCAUGCAGCAACAAGAGGCCACGCCCUUGACAUCCCAUUGAAUUUGCUGAGUUCCACCCUUGUAUUUGUCUCAUGUAGGACUCAGCACAUUGCCGUCUUGCGUACAUCAGCACGGCAUGUUCAUUCAAAAUUUUUGGUCCUUGCUCUUUGUUUUCUGGAUAAUCUACUAGGUAAAAUUGCUAGGGUGCUCCUCCAUUUGAUUAAAUUUGGACAACAUAGGGAUCUUCUUGUAGGAAAGCAUCGUCCUGUGAUUAAUGCUAACUUGUAAAAUUUAGCUGGAGUAUAUUGUCGCAGGUAUAUUUAGUUGUUGAACCGUUUGGACCCUGAUGUUUAAUUUAAAAUUGUGUUAAUCUUGCUGGUGUCAA